UCCCAGUCCUCAGGGAGAGCCGACAAGAGACAGGAGCGGCAGAGUGGACACAGACAGGAGCACCAAGGCCCGAGAGGUUAAGAACCCUGCUCCUUCCUCCUGUGACCCUGCCCAGCCCGGCUCUGUGGCCUUGGACCCCUGAGCACUCCGACAGCCCAUGAGGCUCCCAGUCCCCACUGAGUGCCGCCCUGAAGGAUGUCCCAGCUCUCCUCCACCCUGAAGCGCUACACAGAAUCAGCCCGCUACACAGAUGCCCCUUACGCCAAGUCAGGCUAUGGCACCUACAUUUCCUCCUCCUAUGGGGCUAACCCGUCUGCCUCCUUCCUGGAGAAGGAGAGGCUUGGUUUCAAGCCGGGUCCCCCCACCAGCCUCCUCACCCGCCCCCGUGCCUAUGGCCCUUCCUCCAUCCUGGACUAUGACCGGGGCCGCCCCCUGCUGAGACCUGACAUCAUCGGGGGUGGAAGGCGGGCAGAGAGCCAGCCUCGGGGCACUGAGCGGCCUUCAGGCAGUGGACUCAGUGGGGGUGGCGGUUUCCCUUACGGAGUGACCAGCAACUCCCUUGGCUACCUGCCCAUCAAUGCCCGGGACCACAGGAUAACCCUGACCCAAAAGAAGUCAAACAGCCAAUCAGACCUGGCCCGGGAUUUCUCCAGCCUCCAUACCUCAGACAGCUACUGGAUAGACCCCGGGAACGUGGGCUGCAGCCCCAUGCUGGCCAACACACAUAAGGAGCUAUGUACCCUGCAGAGCCUCUACCAGGGCACCAGCCACUCAGGGCACCUGACCAACUACCUGGAGAACUAUAGUCACAAGGGCAGCACACCCCAUGGGCCCGGCCAGGCCCCCCCGUCACGAGUCCCUGAAGUCCUCAGCCCCACCUACCGACCGAGUGGCCAUUACAGCCCGUGGGAGAAGAGCCAGAGCCAGGCCUCUGGGUCCAGCCGCUCCAGCGAUUCAGGGCGAGACACCAUGGAAACCCACUUCAUCACCUGUGCCCUCGGCAAUGGUCCAGCAGUGUCCUCGGAAAUGCUCAGCUACCCCUACACACACUGCGAUUCUCACCCUCUACUUUUCCACCCAGCAUGCCAUGGUUCCCUGCAGGCCCUGCCCCACCCUGGACUGAAUGCGGAGGCCCCCAGAGCACCGGUGUUCCCUGUGAAUUCUAAGAGCGCCCAGGGCCUGGCUGGUCUCCGCAACCUUGGGAACACAUGCUUCAUGAACGCCAUUCUGCAGUGUCUGAGUAACACCCGGGAGCUGAGAGAUUACUGCCUGCAGAGGCUCUACACGCGGGAUCUCAGCCACAGCAGCAAGGCCCACACAGCCCUCAUGGAAGAGUUUGCAAAACUACUCCAGACUAUAUGGACGUCAUCCCCCAAUGAUGUGGUAAGCCCCUCUGAGUUCAAGACCCAGAUCCAGAGAUAUGCACCUCGCUUCGUCGGCUAUAAUCAGCAGGAUGCUCAGGAGUUUCUUCGCUUCCUCCUGGAUGGGCUCCACAACGAGGUGAACCGAGUAACAGUGAGGCCUAAGUCCAACCCUGAGCACCUCGAGCAUCUUCCUGAUGAUGAGAAAGGGCGACAGAUGUGGAGGAAGUAUCUCGAAAGGGAAGACAGUCGGAUUGGGGAUCUCUUUGUUGGGCAGCUGAAAAGUUCCCUGACGUGUACCGACUGUGGUUACUGUUCUACAGUCUUCGAUCCUUUCUGGGACCUCUCACUGCCCAUUGCUAAGCGAGGUUAUGCUGAGGUGACUUUAAUGGACUGCAUGAGGCUCUUCACCAAAGAGGAUGUGCUGGAUGGCGAUGAAAAGCCAAUGUGCUGUCGCUGCCGAGCCAGAAAACAAUGUAUCAAGAAGUUCUCCAUCCAGAGGUUCCCAAAGAUCUUGGUGCUCCAUCUGAAGCGGUUCUCGGAAUCCAGGAUACGAACCAGCAAGCUCACAACAUUUGUGAAUUUCCCGCUAAGGGACCUGGACUUGAGAGAAUUUGCCUCAGAAAACACCAGUGAGUAUUUUUCAGCUGGAAGGUCGGAAAUGAGGCACAAGUGUCUGAGAUCCAGAUGGCAGGCCAGGGGGUGGAGGGCAGCUGCCAAAAACCACACUGUUUACAACCUGUACGCUGUGUCCAAUCACUCCGGUACCACCAUGGGAGGCCAUUAUACAGCCUACUGCCGGAGCCCGGUGACAGGCGAAUGGCAUACUUUCAAUGACUCCAGUGUCACACCCAUGUCCUCCAGCCAAGUGCGCACCAGCGACGCCUAUUUGCUCUUCUAUGAAUUGGCCAGUCCAGCCUCCCGCAUGUAGCAGCAAGGAGCUACAUCCCUUUCUCCGUUCCCUGUGGUGGCCCCACACCCCAAGUUUUUUUUUAAAAGACAAAAAAAAAUACCGACAAAUAAGAGAAAAAUAAACUAAAGCUGCCGAGCAGGAGCUGCCUUAGCCUGGCCACAGCCUGGAGCAGGGAGCCAGGUGCUCCUGAGCCAUGCCCAGCAGGGAAGAUCGACAGGACGCAGAGACCAGGGCCGGCAGCGCAGCGCCUUCUCGGCUUCUCUUGUUUGCAUUUUUAGACCUGUGAUUUUGUCCCGUGUGUAACGAACAGCAGCGGUCCGCGUGCAGGAGAUCCUCGUCCGCUGCUGCGGGCACCAGCCCCCUCGCCGCCCGAGAAGACAGCGCCCUCUAGAGCCUCGGGCCUGCACUGCCCACCAGGACCCUGCUCACCCGUCCAGAAGCAGAAAAAACGUCCUGAGCCAGGAGCCCCCUCAACUCUGCGAACUCCAGGGGGACAGACGGGACAUCUUUGAAAAAAGCUGGUUUUGGUUUUUAAAAGCCCAACUGUUUUUUUAAUUACCACAACUAUUCAGACCAGAGAUGCUCUCCUUCACAGCUGGGACGCUGGUCUUUUUUUUUUUUUUAAUUCUUCAAAUACAACUUUUCUAACGCUAGCCCUCAGUGGUGCUAGGUGGGUGUUGGCCACGCCCCAAGCACAGCCACAGUAGACCUGGGAUCUAAUAAGUUUUUCUGUUUGUUUUUUAAAAUGUUUUGGAUGGAAUCUAGUUGCCUCCAAGAAUUGUGCCUUAUAGCAUUUGGGGACCAGGGGGUAACUGCCCCUCCCUGAAAUAUCCUUCAGUCUCUUCCUCUUCCCCAGUGCCAUGUUCAGCCCGCUGGGGGAGCUAGGGGCAUGUCCUUCGCCCCUGGCUUGUUCAGUGAGGUGACAGAGCAAGUAAAAGAUUUCUUCCGCUAGCGUAUGGAGUUCUCCCUGCCCAGUUCCUCCAACCUGCCUCUGGUCCACUCCCUAGUUGUUUGAAGGAAAGUGCAAGCCCCUUCUCCCUGCAUACUCUCCCCUUUAUUUAUUCCCUUUUAAGAUGCUUUUUCUCCCUGACCAUCCUGCCCCCGCCUUCUCAGAGCCUCCCAGAUGUAGGCCCUUUGGACCGGAUUUCUCAGGGACGCCCAUGCCGCCCCUCAGCUCCUCUUGAUGUCAGUCUGCAGUUCUGUCCUGGGAACUGGAGCCUGGGUGUUUGGGGCAUCUUGCCGCAGUUGUGUGACUCCUUCCCAUGGUCUUGAUUUUGCCCUAAGUAAUUGGACAAAACUCUUCUGCCGAAAAUAAAGUGGUUCUGCACCAAGGCCGGGAGCUCUGCAUGGAGCUCUUUGCAUCCACAUAGCUGGGCCUGGCUUGUGCCCCUCAGGGCCUGGAGCUUCCCAGUGCUCCCAGCAAGAGGCAUCAGGGAAAGACACCCCAAGUUUAACUUGCCCGACGCCCUUCUCCAGGGAAGACCUAUGAACCUGAGCCACAGGGCUGCUGUGUACUUGUUUACUGUGUAAGCAAGAGUAGAAGCGUGUCUAAUGUACAGUGGAACCUUGUACAGAAUAAAUCAUAGCUUUGAGAAAUAA